CUCUCAGUCUGUCAGGCUGUCUGAUCUCAGAGGAAGGCUGUUAUUCUCUGGUCUCAGCUCUGAGAUCCUACCCCUCCCAUCUGAGAGAGCUGGACCUGAGCUACAAUCAUCCAGGAGACUCAGGAAUGAAGCUACUGUUAGCGGGACUGAAGGAUCCUCUCUGGAGACUGGACACUCUCAGGGUGGAGCCUGCUGGAGUCAGAUGGUUGACACCAGGUCUGAGGAAGUAUUCCUAUGAACUCACACUCGACACAAACACAGUGAACAAAAAACUCAAACUGUCUGACAGCAGCAGGAAGGUGACAUAUGUGAUGGAGGAUCAGCCAUAUCCUGAUCAUCCAGAGAGGUUUGACUCCUGGGAACAGCUGCUGUGUAGAAAUGGUCUGACUGGUCGCUGUUACUGGGAGGUUGAAGGGAGAGGAAGGGUUUAUAUAUCAGUGAGUUACAGAGGAAUCAGCAGGAGAGGAUACAGUGAUGACUGUGUGUUUGGACGUAAUGAUCAGUCCUGGAGUCUGUUCUGCUCUGAUGAUUCUUAUUAUGUCUGUCAUAAUAAGAAAGGAACAUCCAUCCCUUCCUCCUGUCUCUGGUAGAGUAGCAGUGUAUGUGGACUGUCCUGCUGGCUCUCUGUCCUUCUACACAGUCUCCUCUGACUCACUGAUCCACCUCCACACCUUCAACACCACAUUCACUGAACCUCUUUAUCCUGGGUUCAGGUUCAGUUCUCCUGCCUCCUCCGUGUCUCUGUGUUGUGUGUAGGACGGAGAGUCUCCUCCUGUUUCUCUCUGCUGAUCAGUUGAGUCUGUACAGGAUCACACUUAAAAAUAUUUCAGGUUAUUCUUAUGAACUAAUUAAUGAACUUUGUAUGAAAUAAUUCAGAAUGAUUGAACAGAUUACUCAUGAACAUAGUAAACUUCUUCCACUUCCUGUCCUUGAUGGAGUACUUCUGGUGUGGUGGAGCAAUCGCCCCUCCCUCCCAUCCUUCUCAUCUUCUACCUUCUUUACAGUCCAGCCAAAGCGCUGCAACUAACCGCUUAUAUUCAACUAUAUUCGGCAGCAACCCGCCACUUUGAGGGGAUGUCCAACAGGUCGAUAAAAGACGUCCCAAAGAAGGGGAUUCCUUGCCGACCAACAUAACAGCCAUGCUAGCGGAACACAAGGCCUCACUUUUGGCUGAGUUCAAAUCUUUCUUCCAAGCCAAAUUCAACACGCCGUUUUCCAAACUCGAGGCAAGACUAGAUAAGAUCCAGACUACUAUAUUGGAUCACCAACAGUCCCUUUCGUCAUUGGAGACAUUUGCCAACACCACAAGCCAGGACAUGAAAACUGUGGAGGCUAAGGUAAGCUGUGGUGUCUGAGGUGAACACUAAGUGACAAGCUAAACUCAUCGGUCUUGAAAACCAACCUCGACAAAUUAACGUAAGAAUAGUCAGCCUCCCUGAGAACAUUGAAGGUGCUCAACCGAUGUUUCUUUUUUUCUCAACUCCUAGCUGAGGUUCUUGGUGAACAAAUACUGGAUUCAGCCCCAGAACUGGAACGAGCUCACCAAACCUUAGCCCCGAAAGAGGGCUCCGAUGAUAAGCCUCGAGCUGUCAUGUUGCGGUUCCACAGAUUCCAGACCGGGGAGUUGGUUGUACGCGAGGCUCGACUGCUUCGGGGCAAGCUGUCAUACAAGGGCUCCCCGUUCCACAACUUUGAAGACUACGCUGCUCGGGAUUUCGUCUCUUCUCAGCGCCGACGCAGUUCGGGACCCACGGAGGACUGAUUUUGCAUAGCAGAUUACAUUAGAGCUGCCCGAAUAGCCAGUUUUUGCUAGCUUCACGCCCUCACAAGGGCCUAAUGUGGAUUGAUAGCUUUUGGCAAUGGUCCACUGUUAGCUCCCAACAUGCUAGCGCAUGCUUACCCCCCUGCUUUGCGAUGUACUGUUCUGGUAAGAUUGUUUCAAGACUCAUUAGUUGAGUCACAGUUGAAUUGACUCUUGGCCGGACCCGGACUGUACCGCUGUGGGCAUAACAUUGUCGAGGCUGUGAUGUGGCAACACAUUUCAGCUAUGUUUCUGAUUUGACUAGAGUGUAACUAUUCAUUUCCUGUUCAAACACACAAAACCCUUUUUGUGAAUCUGUAUUCUUAAGUCGCAGGUGAUAUCUCAUGUAGUUCUUCCACUCUAGCUGACCCCAUUUUAUUACUUGUUUAAUGUUACGUUUAAUAACAUCCAAACCAUAGACUGUAUAUAUGAAUAUAAUAGUAAUAUUUACAGUCUUAAUGAGAUGCUGUGGAUGUUUAAAAGUUGAUCAGCACAACUACAGGGAGGGUGCAGUUGCAUUAUGGGAAAUGUAGUUUGAAACUUGAAUAUCUGGAUUAAUUAAAAAAACAAUCUACAACUUCUUGUAUAUUAAAUAUGUCAAAUUUAGGAAUAUAAAAAAAAUAUAAUUUUCCUGCUGGAGCUGCUCCCCCCGCGACCCGUCACCGGAUAAGUGGAGGAAGAUGGAUGGAUGGAUAAUUCUUUUCAAUCUUUAGUUUACAUAUUUUUUUUCUUCAGUUAUAAAUUUAUUUGUGCAGUUCUUUUUUUAUACACAUAUUUAAAAUCAAAAUAUAUGUUAUUGACAUAAUGCUAUAAACAAAGGAUUCUGGUAAAAAACAUUAGCACAUAUAAAUAAAAAAUAAUUUAUAAAAUGCUAGUAAUGAAUAUAAAAUAUUUUAUAGGAUAAAGUACAUAAAAAAUAAAUCAAAAUAAAAUAUGAUAGUAAAGUUAAAUAAACCUUUAGUUCAUAGCUGUGCUUCAUAUAGGCCAGCAGAUGGCUCACUAGUCUUAUUUUAAGUGCUCUCUUUCCAUUUGGCUUGCUGUAGCACGGAGCCUUUUUGACUCUCCGCAGCCACCGGAGAUCAUAUUCUGUUUAGUUUUCUAAAAGGUAAGCCGAUUUUCAGAGGACUGUAACACUAAAACAUUAAUAUAAAUCAUAAAUAUGUUUGUUUGUUGGUGCUAUGAUUGUGUUUAGUACACCUGUUUGAAGUGUCACUGUUUAAAGGAUAGCAGCGUAGUUAAGAACUGGGCCAGAGUCAAACAAGCUAGAAAGCUAACGGUGACUCAGCAUUAACUGUGAUGCUAACGCUAAUCGUCGCUAGAAUGCUAAUUUUAGUAAACAUGGGGCGCUCUGAAGGUAUGACGUUUUUCAAUCAACAGUUCACACAAUAAACACUUGAUGUUUUUGUUUUUUAACACAGAAUCUAUUUACUUCAGUAUAUAUUUGUAAGAAUGAAAGAGCCCCAUUUUGUCACAAUUGUGAUUUUGUGUUAUAGCUUCUCCUGUUUUAUUUUGUUAAAAUAUUCCCUGUUUCCUUGUUUACUGUCUAAAUCAAUGUUCAGGGAACUUUCCACUAAAGAACAGCGGACGAACUCAUCGUGUUUUAAUCAUUUCUUUCAGGUGAGUAAAUGUCACCGGAGCUGCUUUACAUUUGUUUUAGUAAUGUAGUCUGUCUGUUGUGUUUAAUCUACUGUUGUGCUUUGUUCAAUUAGUAACGUUUCCGUAAAUGACCGCUGCGCAUUCAUGAUGUGGAACUAUGGAUCAAGAUCGUGUAUUAAUAAAAGCAACAAAAACCUAGAAAACAAAUCAAAAAAGGUGACAAAAUCUCUGAAAGAAAGCAACAAAAAAGUUUAAAAGAAAGUCAAAAAAGCGACAAAAUCAUUGAAAAUGUGAGUAUUUCUUUUAGAAAAGGAACAAAAAUUUUAAAAUAUCAAAUAUUCUAAAAAGGUGUCUAAAACUCUGAAAUCAACAAAAACAUCGAGAAAAAGCAGCAAAUAUUCCUGGAAAUGUAACAAACUUGUAAAAAGCCCCCUAUAUAUCUUGCCUAGUGAACAUAUUAUUAUUAUUAUUAUUGGGAUCGUGAUGUGUGAACAUAUAUGAUAGAAGACAUAGUGAGUUAAUGUGUGUUGUAUGAGAGUGAAUUCUUGGUGUUAUUUAGAGAUUUUCAAACAUGAGAAUGUUCCAGAAGCAAGCAGCCAACUGACUGCUGGUUCUUUAAUUCUUCUUUCAGGAGAAGCAUCUUUUAAAUGUGUCCCCCUGGAGUCUGUCUGCUCUCUCUGUUGAUCAAACACCAUGACAGCAGCACACAGCAGCACUGCUGCAGCUUGGAUUCAAUGAUUCAACGUUGAUGCAGUUUAUCACUCUGCCCUUAGAUUUAUAUCUGAUGAUGGAUUCAGUUCUUAUAACUGUCUCCUGUAUCAAAAUGUAGGCUGGACUUCUUCGACUCUAAGAAAGGAGCAACACUGCAUUUUAUUUAUUUACAAAGCCUUGCCUAACAAAAUUCCCUGUAUGGAUUCAACCAUUUAGUCCUUCACUUCAUCUCAGAGGAACACAUUACACUCUCACACCUCCAUUACAUCCUCAUUCUUCACAUGGAUCCAUUAGAGGAUCAAUACAUCACAUCAAAGUCCAGAAAAUCAUUAAUAAAAAAUUCAUAUCUUUCAUAUUUACUGUCUUUAUACAAAAAUAUAAAAGCAUUACGUUUUGUAAAUAAUAGGUGUGUGUGUGUGUGUGUGUA